GUUGUACGUUUUUCUUUUUGAAAUUGAAGUGAGAAUUAUGAUGUUCAUGUUAUUAAAAUCUUAAUAAGUAUAAAAUAUUAUGUAAGGUCAAUCACAAACCUUUAAUUCAUUUAAACAAGAAACUUAAAAUCAUCAGUUUUCAUUGAUGAAUGAAUUUUUCGCGUGUUGUGAAAGUGUAUGAAAGUUCUUGUAAUUAAACAUGAAAAAUUGAUGUUUUUGGACUAAAAUGGAGAUUAAAGACGAAGACGUACCUUUUAAAUUGCUUUGCACUGCUUGUUUAUGUGUUGGACGGAAGCUCCAUACGUUAAGAGACGAAAAAACACAAAAUUACUACCUAAGCGUUCUGGGCGAAAUUCCUCUGUUCCCAGUGUCGUCAGUCACGCCUCGCCCGCAGGUGUGCUGGGAAUGCAAGGCCUUGCUGGAGAAGAGUGUCAACUUUAAGGAGCAAGUGCAGAACUCAUAUAGAAUAUUACAGACUUAUACUAAAGAGAAUCUCCACGAAUGCCUUCUAACAGACGUUAGCCGCUCCCCUCGUCUGAUCAUCGGCCGCACUGAAGCAGUCAGCAUAUCACCAGAUGAUGAUGAUGAUCACGUAGACAGCGUGCCCGAAGUACCCAUCGUCUGCAUCAAGAAUGAGAUGAAAGAUGACUCUGAUUUUGAUAAAGAUGACACAAACGUUUUGGAAGAUACCAGCCCAUUGUCAGACUGUUCAGAAAAUACCAAGAACUUUGAGUCAGAACUUCAGAACAUAAUGUGCUCUAUGAAGAGAGAUGACAAGAGAAAGAGAGUUAGUAAAAAGGUUAAAAAAACUAAGAAACUUGUACUUUCCAAUGUUAAAUGUGAAAAGUCGAAAUCUGAACAAAAUGACCAAAAGAUCUUAACAAUAGACAUGAGUUAUGAAGAGAUGCUAUCGGAGAGAGAUAGAGAGGCGACCAGAGAGGCGUUUGUGAAGUCACAUUAUAAGUGUGAGAGCUGUCUCAUAGGUUUUAACUAUAAGAAGUCCUAUUUAGCUCAUGUGGCGAACAAACAUUCACCGGAGUUAGGAGAAUACACGUGUCCUGUAUGCAAAACCAUUUUACCGUCCGUUGAUUCAUUCACGGCUCACUAUAAGAGGCAUUUAAGAAGAUACGAGUGCGGUAUUUGUCACAAGCGAACGUUGGACAUGAAGGUGAUGCAACAACAUUAUUACUCAACGCACGAGAUAUCUCUCAAAGAGUAUAAAUGUAACCUCUGCGGAAAGAUUUCCAAUUCCAUAGACACGCAUCGUUACCACAAAGACACUCACAAAGCGAGAAUACAAUGCACAGAGUGUGAUAAAACCUUCAGGCAUAGAGCAGGACUCAUGAACCAUAGACUUGCAGUGCACGAGUACCACAAUGCAUUUCCUUGCACGAUCUGUGAUAAACAAUUUCGGUGGAAAAACAGUCUUAAACGACAUUUGGAGAAACACGAAGCUAAGGCUAAGACAUCAUCAUCGUCAGCGUACUGCUCCGCGUGCAACGUGAGCUUCUCUUCCACGUGCUCGUACCAGCGCCACAUGAGGAACAGCCUGAGACACGUGUCGCACGACCAGCUCAAGUUUAUCUGUGAUCACUGCAACAAACGUUUUGCCGACAAGACAAAGCUUCGAGAUCAUAUUGAAGAGAAACAUUUACAUAGAACGUACCAGUGUCAUAUAUGUAUGAAGCCAUCUAAAAACCGCGUUGGCUUAGACCAACAUAUACGCAACGUGCACAAAGGCCGGCCCAACAACAAGAUGUGCCAUCAUUGCGGUAAAGGAUUCCCUACGAAAGUGCAGUUGGAGUCGCAUAUUCGUACUCACACUGGCGAGAGGCCGUUUAUUUGCGAAUUCUGUCCUACCACGUUCUCUCAGCAGUCGAACUUGUACAAACAUAAUAGACAGGUACACCUGAACAUUAAAUCGAAACGUUACCCGAUUUGCAAGAGGAAGGAAGACAAACCGUUGGAUGUGCCCAUACUGGACCAUACGCAACCCAUAGACCCAUAUAGGCCGGUAGCCAUGUUGCAUUAUUCUGCCGAGAAAGGGUUUGUUAUCUAAUACAUAGUAUGAAUAAAGUUCUUACGGCCAUCCCAAUAUUCAGUCUGUCUGUGGUUUUGAUAACUAUAUGUACUACGCGGCGAAUGAUGAUCCCUUAUGUCGUUUCAACUGACAGGGCCCCGAUUCUCCUAAUUUUACUUAAGCGUCAUACGAUUCACGUUCGACUCGAUUCGACUGAGGUCCAAUCCCGACUCGAUUACGAUUGAAGCGUAUGUGGCAUUCCGCUAUUUUUUCUUU